ACCUUCGGCAAGUCUGGCCACCCUUUAAAUCGACAAGCGGCAAUUUCUGGCAUCAAAACAAACAAAAAAUAAUAAAACCAAAAAAAAAUAAUAAGUACCCAUUAUGGAGGACAUUAAUUUCCACGAUUUCACGCCCAAGGAGCGUUAUGAGAUCAUCAAAGACUUUCUGGUUAAGAUGCGCAAAGCCGAAUCCAUGCCAAGCAAGGACUUACAUGUCCAAAGAUUCUUCGAACAUUAUUUGCGGAAAUUCUACAGACUACCUUAUAAAUUGGUCAACGAUAUUGCAUACUGCCAACGGGCCAUGAAAACCCACUUGGCGAUCCAUCAGACAAUUGUCAAUGUUUUUGGGCAGCAGGCCGAUGCUGAUCCAGUGAUCAAAAACAAAUACAUAGUCGAACUGGAGGAAAUGUUGCACGAAUUGAAUGCAGAAUGUCACUACUUGGUGCUUCGGCUUCAGGACGACAUAGAUCGUUUCUGCUUGGCUUUCACGGAGCAGGACCUGAAGCCCAACGAGCUGGUGAUCAAGGACAUUGUGAGUGAAGCUAUAGUGCCGCUCGUCGUUGCCCCAAAAACUUUCAUCAAGCCGUAUUUCGUUUUGGAGCGACCCACCGAGAGUGAAUUGCUUAAGAAGUAUUUCAUAAUAGAGGGAGCAGAACCCGCCGUAGAAGUUCCUAAUACUGUGGAACAACCAAAGACAAAGACAAAGCCAAAGCCACUUCCAUCGUCACACAACAAUAUGGAUGUAAGGAAGAGCCGCCUCAAUCUGCAGGCAGCCCUAAAUCGCGCGCAUUCCAAGUCCCAGCCAGCGGAGAAGAACGAAGAAGAUGAUCAGGAAGACCCGACCAAAAAUUCCUUUAUGGAAUCUGUGGGUCUUUGCUCGCAUGCCCAGUACAAGCGACUCAAGUUAUCCAUGGUUUUGCUCCAGAAGCGUAAACCUAAACCAACUGAGAAAACCAAGUAAUAACCGCCACUGCUCAAAAUGGGAACAUCUGUUUUUGUUCUGUUCCCAAGAAGUUUUUAUAAGAAUGUUUAUAUUUAUAUAGGCUUAAGGGACGUAAGCACGUGAUAACGUGAUUAAACUGGUAGAAUAAUAAGGGUGUUAACUAUCCCUGAUAAAGAAAAAGAACAAUAUAAUGAUUGGAUCUCACAAACUAGAA